GCCAGCUUUGGAUUUACUCAACUACAAAUAAAAAAUAUAUAUAUCUACCUUCUCCGUAGGCCAUUGACAUAGCUACAAAAGGGUAAGGCUAGGGAUGCCAAAUGUCAUACAAUAAAAGAAACUUAUCCCAUUAAUCCCAUAAAUCUACAACAACAAACAAACAUAGGAACGAAGUAAAGGAACUAGCUGAAGCAAGAAAGAGUGGAAGUCAUGUCUGCUCCGACAACGUCUUCUGCUGCAAAUGUUUUCGGGUCUGGAAGCUACAGCACUGUGCUUAAAAAGGUGGACUCAGUCACCACUCCUUCACUGCCUGUUCCAGCCCCAAAGCCACUUCUGAUUGCCACGCCUUCUGAAAUGGGGGAAUUCCCACUACUUAUUUUCCUCCAUGGUUACCUUCUUUACAACUCUUUCUACACUCAGCUCCUCCAACAUGUUGCUUCCCAUGGCUUCAUUGUCAUUGCUCCUCAGUUGUAUACCGUGGCUGGACCGGAUGCAACCGAUGAGAUCAAGUCCACAGCUGCAAUAACCAAUUGGUUAUCCAAUGGAGCACUCCAAGCCUUGCUUCCACUUGAUGUUAAGCCAAAUUUAAGCAAGCUUGGACUUGCUGGCCACAGUCGAGGAGGCAAAGUUGCUUUUGCAUUGGCUCUGCAGAAAGCAAUGACUACAUUAAAGUUUUCAGCCUUAAUAGGUGUAGACCCGGUUGAUGGAAUGGAUAAAGGGAAACAAACGCCUCCUCCGGUACUCACCUAUGUUCCUCAUUCAUUUAAUCUUGAUAUGGCAGUGAUGGUUAUCGGUUCGGGCCUUGGUGAAGUGAAAAGAAAUCCUUUGUUCCCACCUUGUGCUCCCAAGGGAGUUAACCAUGAAGAUUUUUUUAAAGAAUGUAAAAAACCGGCUUGUCAUUUUGUUGCCAAGGACUAUGGUCAUCUUGAUAUGUUGGAUGAUGAUACUAAAGGGAUCAGAGGACGUUCAUCAUAUUGUUUGUGCAAAAAUGGGAAGGCUAGAGAGCCCAUGAGGAGGUUUGUUGGAGGAGUUAUUGUUGCUUUCAUGAAAGCUUAUCUAAAUGGAGAUAACACCGACUUGAUUGCUAUAAGAGAUGGGCAUGAAACUGCACCGGUGGAGCUUAAAACCAUUGAAUUUCUUGAUUAACACUUCAAUAUAGCUUGGUUAAAUAUUAGCUCAAUUGGUUUAUGCAGUGUCUUUAAAAGAUUAUUCAAUAGAUUUGAAACUCAAAUCUAAAUAUAUGUAAUCAUUUCUUCUAUCAUCAUGUUGCGAUCUCAUAUGUAAAAUAUAUGUAUUAUAUAGGCUAGUAGUAGCCUUUUGAUGAUUAUGAGCCAUGAAUUCUAUCCUAAUUCAAGCUUCAAGGCUCUCAAUUCGAUGUUCAGAAAUGAUUCAAGGGAUGUUUGUUGAAUGUUAAAUCUCUUUUGCUUAAUG